AUGUAAAUAAAUCUGCAAAUUUAGAUAUAUAUAUAUAUACACACACAUGAAUAUGUGUUUAGUAAAAGUGGUGAUGAUCAUUUCAUAUAUCUAUUAUUCCUUAUUUAUGAUAACCCUAGUUCUUGCUGAGACACAAACCAGCCAUGAGUGCAAAGAAGUUAGAUGUGAUGAGAAUGGACCACCAAUAAGAUUCCCUUUCAGACUCAAAGGCAAGCAACCAUCCCAUUGUGGUUAUGAUCCUGGUUUUGACCUCUCAUGUACUCAUUCCAAUCAAACCCUUCUUCACCUCCCAAAUCUUCACUUGAAAUUACAUGUAACAAAAAUAGACUAUGAAGAACAAUCAUUGAAGGCAUAUAAUCCUUAUUGCAUCCAAAAACACAAUUUGAAAUUCCUCAAUCUCUCAAAUUCCCCAUUCUUUUCACUAUACAGUGGUGAUUCUAUGCUAUUGAAAUGCUCUUUCAAUGAGUCAGAUUACUAUGGGCACAUGUAUUCAUCACCAAUUCCUUGUUUAAGUGACUCAUCCAAAUAUUUUGUUUAUGCCAUUGGUACUUAUUCUAACAUCUGGGGGGAUAUAGUUGGGUGCAGCAGGAUGUAUAACAAUUUGCAAGUCCCACCAACAAUAUUCCAUUCAAUAAAAAUGGAAGAAGUAGUGAGGAUAUACUUAUGGUGGUCAAAACCGGAUUGCAAAUAUUGUGAAUCUAAAGGGAAGAAAUGCACACUGAUCAAGAGGCCUAACUCAAACAAUGCCACCCAAUGUUCCAAGGAUACAAUGAAAGGUGUUUUAUUUCAAGUUUCAUUAAUGACUUCAGGUUCAUUUGCUAUCAUAUUGGGGUUCCUUGCAACUUUUUAUGUCUGCCAUUUAGGGAAAAACAAGAGACAAAAUGGGUUGAGAAUCGAAAAGUUUUUGGAAGACUACAUAGCAUUCAAACCAUCAAGAUAUACCUAUGCCGAUGUAAGAAAUAUCACAAGUGAGUUCAAAGACAAGUUGGGAGAAGGAGCGUAUGGAGAAGUAUUUAAAGGGAAGCUUUCCAAUGACAUAUCUGUUGCCGUGAAGAUUCUGAAUAGAGUUUCUAAGGAAAAUGGUGAGGAUUUCAUCAAUGAAGUGGCAACAAUAGGUCAAAUUCACCAUAUUAAUGUGGUUCGUUUGGUCGGUUAUUGUGCUGAUGGAUUUAGAAGAGCUCUAGUAUAUGAAUUCUUACCAAAUGAUUCUCUAGAUAAGUACAUAUCAGUAAGAGGGUCAACUGAUGAUAUUAAUAUAUGUUCUCUUAGUUGGGAGAAAUUAUUAGAUAUAGUUACAGGCACAGCUAAGGGAAUCGAGUAUCUUCACCAAGGUUGUGAUAAACGAAUACUUCAUUUUGAUAUUAAGCCCCAAAACAUCUUGUUAGACCAUAAUUUUAAACCAAAGAUUGCUGAUUUUGGUCUUGCCAAGUUAUGUUCAAAGGAUCAAAGCAUAGUGUCAAUGAGUACAGCUAGAGGAACCAUAGGGUACAUUGCACCUGAAGUAUUCUCUAGAAACUUUGGUAAUGUCUCCUACAAGUCAGAUGUUUAUAGUUUUGGUAUGCUAUUACUCGAAAUUGUAGGAGGCAGAAGAAGUAAUAAUACGAAUGAAAUUUACUAUCCAGAAUGGAUUUUCAAUCUUUUAGAAGAAGGAGAAGAUCUUCGAAUCUAUAUCGAUGAAGGAGGAGAUGGUAAAAUUGCAAAAAAACUAGCAAUAGUAGGACUUCAAUGUAUUCAAUGGCACCCAAUAGAUCGUCCGACCAUGAAAGUCGUAGUUCAAAUGUUGGAAGGAAAUGAAGAGUUAAGUAUGCCACCAAAUCCGUUUUCAUCUACAAAUCCAUCCAAACAAAAUACCAAGAUGCCAAAGAGAUUAAUGACAACUAUGGAACUAGAAACUAUAGCUGAAUGAAAAAAGAAAAAAAUGUUUUUUUUUACUAAUUUUAUUCGGUUAAAUUCACAUGUAAUUGUUGUUGUUGCAUGUAUAUUGUUAUUUUUGUGUGACUUUGUAAUGUACCACCUCAACAAAAAUUAAGACAAAUUAACUUGACAAUUAGUAUGUUAUCUGUUAAUUGUUAUGUUUCCCCUACAAGGUAUUAAUCAAUAAAUACCUUUAUUAUUGUAACUAGCAACUUAAUCUCUUCAAUUUUAUUCAGAUUAAAUUCACAGAAAUAAAAGGUCUCUUCAUUUCAGUU